AGGGAAAUAGCUUAUUACAAAACAAAUAAGUUGACAGAAAUUUUAAUAGAAUUCAAAAACAGUAACUUACAACACAAAACUAAAUAUGAACAGAAUUUCCCAAAUUUUGCUACGCCAGCGCCAAGGAAGCAUGUUGGCACCCACAAUGCGCGCCAUGCGCUGGUAUAGUGCGGAUGCAGGUGCUCCGGCGGCAACAGUGGACAAACCUACGAUGGACAAGCUAGUACGUACCAACAAGGUGGUUGUCUUUAUGAAGGGCAACCCACAGGCGCCACGCUGUGGCUUCAGCAAUGCUGUUGUGCAAAUAAUGCGCAUGCAUGGCGUGCAAUACGAUGCACACGAUGUGCUACAGAAUGAGGCACUGCGACAGGGUGUUAAGGACUACUCCGACUGGCCCACUAUACCGCAGGUAUUUAUAAAUGGCGAAUUCGUCGGGGGCUGUGAUAUCUUGCUGCAAAUGCAUCAAAGCGGCGAUCUAAUCGAAGAGCUUAAAAAAGCAGGCAUAAUAUCCGACUUGCUAAAAGCAGAAGAGGCAAAAGCAAAAGACGACGCGAAAAAGUAAUAGA